AUGAAUACUGUUAUCAUGGAUAGAGCCGUCUCGCCGCCCACCGUCUUCUUCACACAAAGGCUCCCACCACCCCUGCAAAGACAACAAAGACUACAAGAAGAAAUAAUAAUAAGAGGAGAAGGAGGAGGAGGAGAACAGGAACGGAGAAGAAGAGAUCGGGCACAUUCUAUGAAGAGUAGAAGUGCGUUAAGGCCAACCCAAUCGCAUGAUAUCAUCACAACAACAACAAGGAGACGCAGCAGUGUUUCCUGCAAUAGCCAACAUUAUCAUUAUUAUUACAAUCACCAUGUAUUGGAGUUAAUGGAUACAGAUAGUGAGGAACUGCAAUAUAUAAAAGAAGAAAAAGAAAAAACAAAGGAAGAAGAGCCAAAGUAUGAAAUCGAUAGUUGUAAUGAAGGGAAUUAUGAUAAGAGUUCCUCCUAUUCCUUUGAUUAUUCUCUUCUUCAGAAGGGGCAUGAAGGUGAGAAACGAUAUAAGGCACUUAUUCCAUUAAACUGGGGAGAAGGAAAAGAAGUUGUUGUGAUGUUGGCUAGAGACUCUACCACACAUAAUCUUGUUAUCACACGUCUCUAUUGCUAUGGCUCUCACGGUGAUUCUACUGCUGUUGUGAAUAAUAAUAAUAAUAAUAAUAAUAAUAAUAAUAAUAAUAAUAAUAAUAACCGUAAAAACAAUUAUAAUUAUAAUUGUAAAGAACCAAAUAAGCAAAUGGAUACUUUAUGGAGAAAUCAAGAUGAUGGGAAAUGGAUGGAUGAAUCCUUAAUUCCCUUCUCUGCAUCUUGGAAACAACGUAUGUAUGAUCUACGCAAUCUUCAUCAUGUUCAUAUCACCCCAGUAUUAAAUAUAGUUAUAAAUGAAGAACGAGAAGAAUUACUUAUGGUUCAUCCAUACAUAGAUGGGAUGCAACCAUUGGCUAUUAUCAUGCAACAAGAACAAGAACAACAUUAUUCUCAUCCACAUCUCUUUUCAUAUGAAUUCACUCCAUUAUUGUUUAGUCGCAUUGUACGUGAAAUCAUUACGGGUGUUCUCUUCCUUCAUCAUCGUGGAAUCAUUCAUGGGGCCCUCUCACCAUGGACAGUACUUCUCAAUGAGGAAGGACACGUCCAAAUAACGGGAUUUGCCAUUUCACAUAAACAUCAAACACUAGAAAAACAACAACAGCAACAACAAAAAGAGAGAAAAGAAGAAGAAGAAGAAGAAGAAGAUUAUUAUCAUUAUCAUUCUUAUCAUAAUCGUGUGAAUGUGGAUGUCUUCGCUGUGGGAAUCCUCACACUUACUAUGAUGGCCGCACAACGGGUUUCAUUUUCAUCCCAUAGGCAAACCGUACGUCGUGCUGUAUUCAGUCUUCUUAACCGUGAUCCAAUGAAACGUAUACGACUGGAAGAACUCGCAGAGGUGAUGAGAUCGAUUGCAGCAGCCGCAGUGAGUCCCUCUCGUGGAUUAUACACAGAUCAUAAUAAUAAUGAUAAUAAGAAUAAGAAUAAGAAGAAGAAAAAAGGUGGAGAGUCUCUAUCGACCUCACAAUCAAUAACAAGAGCAACUACUACUACUACUUUUACUAAUAAUAACAUUAAUAAUAAUAAUAACAAUAAUAAUAAUAAUAAUAUUACUAAUAAUAUUACUACAUCAGUAACGGCCUCUCCACCCCCUCCAGUUGAAGGAAUUCUUCAACGGACUUCAUCCCCAUUAUUGUAUCGAAUCAUUGGUCUUGACAAGCGUGGAAAGACAAGAACAGCUGAGAUGCCAAACACCGCAAGAAGUCUUUCCUCUUCAAAUGAAAGAUCACCAGUUCGAGGUGAACAUUCUAUUUUAUCCAAGUGGCGUGUGAUGGCAUUUGUUGUGUUUCUCUGCGCUGUGAUGAUACGAAUGGGUAAAGAAAGACGUGCACGUUUAGCCUCACGUUUCUCCGCAGCCGCACGAGAGAGAGAACAACAACAACAAUGGAGACUUCACCGCAGUGUUGAAAAUGUAUUUUGUGUUUCCUCCAUGACGAAACCACGGAAACCUCUUUCUAUGGAGAGACGUCGUUUUGGUCGUAGCCGUUCUGCUGCGGGUAUGUAA